UCAUAACCCCAGUCCGUGGGUCUCUGGAGCCUGAAUUCCGUGAACAGUCGGGCCAGAAGGGAGAACUGCGUCGCUAGGAUGAAGCUCGUGAGAUUUUUGAUGAAAUUGAGUCAUGAAACUGUAACUAUUGAAUUGAAGAAUGGGACACAAGUCUAUGGAACAAUCACAGACAGCUUACCUCUAGAUACACUACUUGUGGAUGUUGAACCUAAGGUGAAAUCUAAGAAAAGAGAAGCUGUUGCAGGAAGAGGUCGAGGCCGGGGUAGAGGAAGAGGACGUGGUCGCAGCAGAGGAAGAGGGGGUCCUAGGCAAUAA